GAUUACAAACAGCUAACCCAAUUCACAAGCCAGCAGCGAAAUAAAGCGUGCCUUCCUUCGAUAAAGAAACAGGGAAAAUAUCUUAGUGCCAAGAGCCGAUUUCGAUUUUGAAGAAUGAGCACCGAAGGAGAGGAUGCAGCAAGACGUCGUAAUGCUGUUUCAGACUAUCGCAAGAAGUUACUCCAACACAAGGAGUUGGAAUCAAGAGUGAGAGCUGUUAGAGAGAAUUUAAGAUCUGCUAAGAAAGAGUUUAACAAAACAGAGGAUGAUUUGAAGUCUCUUCAAAGUGUUGGGCAGAUCAUUGGAGAAGUUCUUCGACCCCUUGACAAUGAACGGUUGAUUGUUAAAGCAAGCAGUGGCCCCAGGUAUGUGGUUGGUUGCCGCAGCAAGGUCGAUAAGGAAAAGCUGACUGCUGGAACUAGGGUGGUUCUUGAUAUGACAACACUCACAAUCAUGCGGUCUCUUCCACGUGAAGUAGAUCCAGUUGUUUAUAAUAUGCUGCAUGAAGAUCCCGGUAAUGUGAGCUACUCAGCUGUGGGUGGUUUAUCAGAUCAAAUCAGAGAAUUGAGGGAAUCUAUUGAACUACCUCUUAUGAACCCUGAGCUUUUCCUUAGAGUUGGGAUUAAACCUCCCAAGGGUGUCCUCCUUUAUGGACCUCCUGGUACUGGAAAGACAUUAUUGGCUAGGGCUAUUGCGAGUAACAUAGAUGCCAACUUUUUGAAGGUUGUUUCAAGUGCCAUUAUUGACAAAUACAUUGGGGAAAGUGCUAGGUUAAUACGAGAAAUGUUUGGAUAUGCUCGCGAUCACCAACCUUGUAUCAUUUUCAUGGAUGAGAUUGAUGCAAUUGGUGGACGCCGUUUUAGUGAAGGAACAAGUGCUGAUCGUGAAAUUCAAAGAACGCUGAUGGAAUUGCUUAAUCAGCUAGAUGGAUUUGAUCAGCUCGGGAAGGUUAAAAUGAUAAUGGCAACCAACAGGCCUGAUGUUCUUGAUCCUGCACUUCUUCGUCCGGGACGAUUAGACAGAAAGAUAGAGAUUCCAUUGCCAAAUGAACAAUCAAGAAUGGAAAUUCUUAAAAUUCAUGCUGCUGGCAUUGCCAAGCAUGGAGAGAUUGAUUAUGAGGCCGUUGUAAAACUUGCAGAGGGUUUUAAUGGAGCUGACCUUCGCAAUGUUUGCACGGAAGCUGGAAUGUCAGCAAUCCGUGCAGAACGUGAUUAUGUCAUACAUGAAGACUUCAUGAAGGCUGUAAGGAAGCUUAAUGAGGCAAAGAAACUAGAGUCGAGUGCACAUUACAAUGCUGAUUUUGGGAAGGACUAGAAAAGUACUUGCUUCUUCUUGCCAUGGAUUCUGGGGCAGUGCAUAUAUUUCAAUAUAUAUUGCCUUUAUCUUCACUUUAGCCAUGUAGUAACAUGUUAUUACGGUUUACAAACUUACAAAUUAUGCAUUUUACUCUUGAAGUUUUCAAUUAUUGCUCCUCAUGUCUCUUACCUCUUGGAAAAUGAAUUUCAUUUGUUUCUAAAUUGAAUAUCUGCUGUUCUUCAUAUAACUCUUCGUGGCUAGUUUCCAAUUA